GGCGUGGCUGUGUCAAGUUGUGAGGUUGAGGCUGUGUCAAGUUGUGAGGUUGAGGCGUGGCUGUGUCAAGUUGUGAGGUUGAGGCGUGGCUGUGUCACGUUGUGAGGUUGAGGUGUGGCUGUGUCAAGUUGUGAGGUUGAGGCGUGGCUGUGUCAAGUUGUGAGGUUGAGGCGUGGCUGUGUCAAGUUGUGAGGUUGAGGCUGUGUGAAGUUGUGAGGUUGAGGCUGUGUCAAGUUGUCUCAUAGCGCCUGCAUUCUCUUCUGAUGUUUUCCUCUGAAAACAUUUAUAAUAUUGUGUUUCUCUGCGCUAGUUGGUUACUUGCCAGGGACCCAGACAACUACUGACUACCUUUACUUUACUGUCUUUCUUUCAGGGUCCCUAAUACUGAGCCUUGGACUGAAAGAAGAGGACAGUCACACACGGACUGACCCUGCUUUUGGUUUGUUAGUGCUGCUCAGGGUGAUCUGAGAUGGUCAGACUAUAUACCGACAGCCAUGAAGAACAGUGUGGACACACCUGGGCGGACUUGAAUGGACGCACAGACCUGAAUACUCCUGGACAUAUAAAUAGACCUGCACUCAGAAGCCUGACCACACUGAGACCUCCUCUGCUCUGAACAAGCCUCACCAUUGGCCAGCCAGGUGACUGACACACAUCCUGACCAGUGGCUGUUCCCGGUGGGCAGGGUUAAGAUGAGCCUGUCCAAUCAAAGCUGUGGUAGUACCGUUGACGACCUGCGGCGCUACCAACAUCAUGUUUACGCAGUUGUCUACAGCGUCAUCUUGGCCCCGGGCCUUCUGGGUAAUGUCCUGGCUCUUUGGGUGUUCCAGGCAUACGUCAGGGAGACCAAGAGAGGAGUGGUGUUCAUGAUGAACCUGGCUGUAGCUGAUCUCAUGCAGGUCCUCUCCCUACCUCUCCGUAUCUACUACUACCUGAACCAUACCUGGCCAUUCGGCCGGCCUCUCUGCAUGUUGUGUUUCUACCUGAAAUACGUCAACAUGUACGCCUCCAUAUUCUUCCUGGUGUGUGUGAGUGUGCGGCGCUGUGAGCUCAUCAUGCACCCGCUGAGGUACCAUUCCAACAGACGACGAGGGGACAUGUGUGUAUGUGCCGCUGGCUGGUUGCUGGUCUGUCUCGGCUGUCUGCCUUUCCCUCUGCUCCGAAACACCAGCCUGCCCCCUGACCUUACCCCUAACGCCUAUGCCUCCAGUCCUAGCUCAUAUGCCCCAGCCCCCACCUCUUCCCCAACCACUACACCUGGCCCUACCUCCAUCCAGGCGGUGUGUUUUGCGGAGCUCCCCAUGCGUGAAGUCAGCCCUGCGGCCGGCUGGGCUCUGAUGGUGGGGGCGGAGCUGGUUGGCUUCAUCCUCCCUCUGAUCCUAGUUCUGACCUGCGCCUGUCUGUCAGCCGGCAGCCUGCGAGUCCACAGGGGGGAGGGGGAGGGGGGAGGGGUGAAGGACCACGGGGAGAAGAAGAGGGCGUUGAGGAUGGUGUUGAGCUGUGCCGGGGUGUUCCUGCUCUGCUUCUCCCCGUACCAUGUCACCAUGCCGCUAGACUUUCUGGCAAAGGCCGAUGCCCUGGGGAGCUGUGAGGUCAGAGAGAUGGUGCUGCGAUGCCAUCCUGUCACCCUCUGUCUCGCCAGUCUCAACUCAGGACUGGACCCUCUCAUGUAUUACUUUACUACAGAUGAGUUUAGGAGAAGAUUCAGCAGGCCAGAAAUACCUGAGAGCUUCAGUCUGGCUCCAAGACUAUCCUGUACUAGUGGUGGGGGGGGGGGCCUGCCUCUGACCCCUGACCUCUAACCCUGACCCUGGGCCCAAGACUGUCCUGUACCGCUGGAGUCUGUAAGACUGAACCCUGACCUCUAACCCCAAGACUGUCCUGUUCUGCUGUGGACAGCAAGUCAUGGGUGAAGAGGGGAAACAAGGACAAAGACUGAACCCUGACCUCUAACCCCAAGACUGUCCUGUUCUGCUGUGGACAGCAAGUCAUGGGUGAAGAGGGGAAACAAGGACAAAGACUGAACCCUGACCUCUAACCCCAAGACUGUCCUGUUCUGCUGUGGACAGCAAGUCAUGGGUGAAGAGGGGAAACAAGGACAAAGACUGAACCCUGACCUCUAACCCCAAGACUGUCCUGUUCUGCUGUGGACAGCAAGUCAUGGGUGAAGAGGGGAAACAAGGACAAAGACUGAACCCUGACCUCUAACCCCAAGACUGUCCUGUUCUGCUGUGGACAGCAAGUCAUGGGUGAAGAGGGGAAACAAGGACAAAGACUGAACCCUGACCUCUAACCCCAAGACUGUCCUGUUCUGCUGUGGACAGCAAGUCAUGGGUGAAGAGGGGAAACAAGGACAAAGACUGAACCCUGACCUCUAACCCCAAGACUGUCCUGUUCUGCUGUGGACAGCAAGUCAUGGGUGAAGAGGGGAAACAAGGACAAAGACUGAACCCUGACCUCUAACCCCAAGACUGUCCUGUUCUGCUGUGGACAGCAAGUCAUGGGUGAAGAGGGGAAACAAGGACAAAGACUGAACCCUGACCUCUAACCACAAGACUGUCCUGUUCUGCUGUGGACAGCAAGUCAUGGGUGAAGAGGGGAAACAAGGACAAAGACUGAACCCUGACCUCUAACCCCAAGACUGUCCUGUUCUGCUGUGGACAGCAAGUCAUGGGUGAAGAGGGGAAACAAGGACAAAGACUGAACCCUGACCUCUAACCCCAAGACUGUCCUGUUCUGCUGUGGACAGCAAGUCAUGGGUGAAGAGGGGAAACAAGGACAAAGACUGAACCCUGACCUCUAACCCCAAGACUGUCCUGUUCUGCUGUGGACAGCAAGUCAUGGGUGAAGAGGGGAAACAAGGACAAAGACUGAACCCUGACCUCUAACCCCAAGACUGUCCUGUUCUGCUGUGGACAGCAAGUCAUGGGUGAAGAGGGGAAACAAGGACAAAGACUGAACCCUGACCUCUAACCCCAAGACUGUCCUGUUCUGCUGUGGACAGCAAGUCAUGGGUGAAGAGGGGAAACAAGGACAAAGACUGAACCCUGACCUCUAACCCCAAGACUGUCCUGUUCUGCUGUGGACAGCAAGUCAUGGGUGAAGAGGGGAAACAAGGACAAAGACUGAACCCUGACCUCUAACCCCAAGACUGUCCUGUUCUGCUGUGGACAGCAAGUCAUGGGUGAAGAGGGGAAACAAGGACAAAGGGAACAAGGAGAGAGUUUCAAAUGUGAACUAAAGACAGUUUCCGAAUGUGGACAUCUGCUGGACUGCGUUUGGAACUGCCGGUCUAUGGUCAAAAACGCUGAGUUCAUCUCAGCCUAGGCUGCCCUUCAGUCUCUAGACUUGGCCCUGAUGGAGAUAUGGAUCACCCCAUAGAACACUGCUACUCCAGUUGCCCUGUCUUUAUCUGACUACGUUUUCUCUCAUAGUCCAAGAGCAUCUGGUCAUCACCGUGGUGGCACAGGGCUACUCAUUUCUCAUAAUGGGAGAUUCCAUCUCAGCAUGGAAUUCUCCUCAUUUGAAUUCCAUGCUGUCACUGUCACUUGUCAACUCAAGCUUAACAUUGGUGUAAUCUAUCGCCCAUCAGGUUCCCUUAGAGAGUUCCUCAAUGAGCUUGACACCUUGAUAACCUCAUUUCGUGACAAUGGCUCACCGCCAUUUCCUUUUCUUUCUCCCUUUCCUCCAACCAUAACCACUCAGCCCCUACCUAGAUGGAUGCACUGUCGCAAUCUUCUCUCUCUCUCCCACUACUCUCUCCUCUUCUAUCCUAUCUUCUCUCCCUUCUGCUAAAUCCUUCUCCCUCCUGUCUCCAUAUUCUGCCUCUUCGCCCCCACUCUCCUCUCUUUCCGUAUCCUAUGACUCUCACUGUCUCCUUUCCACCGGCCGGCUCGGGCUUCCCUUCCUGCUCCGUGGCUGAGUGACUCAUUACGAGCUUACAGAGCAGGCCUGCAGGCAGCUGAGUGACUCAUUACGAGCUUACAGAACAGGGCUGCAGGCAGCUGAGUGACUCAUUACGAGCUUACAGAACAGGGCUGCAGGCAGCUGAGUGACUCAUUACGAGCUUACAGAACAGGGCUGCAGGCAGCUGAGUGAAAAUGGAAGAGAACUAAAUCAUCCUCCCUCCUCUCUACUUUCUGUUCCUCUGUAUCUGCUGCUAAAGCCACUUUCUAUCACCCUACAUCUAUCACCCUACAUUCUGCCUCUAACCCAAGGAAACUAUUUUCCUCACCUUAAUCCUCCUCCCUCUCUGCAGACAACUUUGUCAACCACUUUGAACAGAAGAUUGACGACAUCCACUCGUCAUUCACUAUUGAAUCCACUGGUCCCAGAACUACCCUACGCCUUGACUUCUUUCUCGCCAGAUGAAAUCCUGCGACUAGUGAUUUCCGUCCGACAACCUGCCCGCUCAACCCCACCCCCUCCUCCCUUCUCCAGACCAUCUCUGGAGACCUUCCCCCAUUCCUCACUUCCCUCAUCAACUCAUCCCUGACCACUGGCUGCAUCCCCUCUGACUUCAAAAUGGCAGAGUCACUCCCCUCCUCAAGAAACCAACACUUGACCCCUCGGACAUCAGAAACUAGAGAACGGUAUCCCUUUCUUUUCUUUCCAAAACACAUGCUGUCUCUAACCAACUCUCUCACUAUCUCUCUCAGAACAAUAUUCUUGACCCUAACCAGUCAGGCUUCAAGACGGGUCACUCAACCAAGACUGCUCUCCUCUGUGUCACGGAGGUUCUCCACACUUCCAAGCUGACUCUCUCUCGGUUCUCAUCCUCCUAGAUCUAUCCGCUGCCUUAUCGUGAACCAUCAGAUCCUCCUCUCAACCCUCUCAGGGCUGGGCGUCUCAGGCUCUGCCUCCU